AAAUGAGACAUUUUUUCCAUCGGGGACUUUAAUAAUCCUUUUACAACAAUCUCGGUUACGUCGCACGAUUCUCGAAGCGCUUGCUGUUUGUUGUGGUUUGAUUAUUGCUUGCCAACGUGCCUGAAAUAAUCGAUACAGCCGCGCGCGUGCCACAGAAGCAACAGAAAAUGAUUUUGUCGAGGUCCAAGCCGGCCUCGUCGGAAGGCGUUCGAACGUCAGCGUCGCGCAAGCAGAUACCAAAGUUGGAGGAGUUCCUGGAGAAACGGGACUACACCGGAGCCCUGACACUAUUGGAAUUCAACAGCAGCACCAGUAGCAGCCUGGAAACGGACCUGUGGAUGGGAUACUGCGCUUUCCACCUGGGUGAUUACAAGCGUGCUGCGACAGUCUACGAAAACCUAAGGAAGAAGGAUUAUGUACCGCCGGACGUCCCGACGAAUCUGGCCUGUUGCUACUUUUACCUGGGCAUGUACCCCGAGUCGCAGAAAAUCCUGGAGGACGCGGCGGACAGCAAGCUGCGAACCAGGCUGCUGUUUCACCUGGCCCACAAGAUGGGCAAUGAGUCGAAGCUGACGGAGUAUCAUCAGAUGCUGCAGGAUGUUAUCGAGGAUCAGCUCAGUUUAGCGUCCAUUCAUUACUUACAAGCUCACUAUCAAGAGGCUAUCGAUGUCUAUAAGAGAAUUUUACUGGACAACAGUUCAAAGAAAAGCACCAAGAGAUGCCACUCCAAAACGGACUCUGAGUUGUAUUUCCUUAUCCAGCUGCAGGAAAGUUGCAGAGAUUAUCUAGCUUUAAAUGUAUACGUAGCUUUGUGCUAUUACAAGCUAGAUUACUAUGACGUUGCUCAAGAAGUGCUUCAAGUUUACCUGCAGAAAUACCCGGAUAGCGCGAUCGCGAUUAACUUGAAAGCGUGCAAUCAUUUCCGUUUGUACGACGGAAACGCUGCGCAGGUCGAGAUGAAGCAGCUCAUCGAGAAGAUAUCGAGUUCCUUCAGCUCCGGCCACGAUCUUAUACGGCAUAACACAGUUGUCUUUAGAGGUGGCGAGAACGCUUUGCAAAUUUUACCCAACUUGGUGGACGUCAUACCGGAAGCCAGGCUUAACUUAGUAAUAUACUAUUUGAAACAAGACGACGUCAAGGCAGCCUAUGACCUGAUCAAAGAUCUGGAACCAGCAGUUCCGCAAGAGUAUAUUUUAAAGGGCAUAGUUAACGCCGUUAUAGGCCAGGAGACCAAUUCUCGCGACAGUAUAAAAACUGCACAGCAAUACUUUCAACUGGUGGGCUCCUCAGCGUCGGAAUGCGAUACCAUACCCGGUAGACAGUGCAUGGCAUCCUUCUUCUUCCUUUACCGACAAUUCGAUCGAGUCAGACUAUACCUGAAUUCGAUAAAGACAUAUUUCUCCAAUCAGGAUAACUUUAACUUUAACUACGCUCAAGCGCAAGCCGGAGCGGGCUACUUCAAGGAAGCGGAGGAAGCUUUUCUGAUGAUACGUAACGAAAAAUACAAAAACGAUUACAUUUACAUCAGUCUCCUUUCAUACUGCUAUAUAAUGAAUAAAAAAGCUGAAUUGGCCUGGGAACUGUAUUUGAAGAUGGACACAUCGGCAGAAUCCUUCAAUCUGCUUCAGCUGAUUGCCAAUACCUGUUACAAAGUAGGCGAAUUCUGGUAUGCCGCCAAAGCCUUCGAUAUGCUGGAACGUAUGGAUCCAAGCCCUGAACAUUGGGAAGGAAAGCGCGGCGCGUGCUGUGGUACUUUUCAGUACAUCGUCGCGGAAAAGCUACCAAAAGAACUGCUGUCGGAAGUGAUACAAAUUCUGAAAAAUACAUCCAAUUCUCAAGUGGAGCAGAUAAUACGUGUUAUGCGCAAGUGGGGAAAGGAUAACAGAGUAAACUGCUAAUAUUAUCGAAGUUCGUGGACAUCGUUAUCAAUUCCGUCCAGAAAAAUACCUUUUAUAAAAUAGUAGCGUGUUAUAACGAGAAAUUAUGUUCCAUCUCCACAGUAAUGUACAAUGAAUUCUUGUACA